AUGCUAAAUUCAACAAUAUCAACAACAAUUGUAGCUAUAUCAAUCAAUAUUAUAUCAGCUAUUAUUGUUUUAUUUGCAUUUAUUAUAAGUUUAAUUCUUGUCUUUCUCAUUAUCUAUCGAUUAGUAACUAUGUAUAUAGGACAGAGUGAACGUAUUUCAUUGUAUUUAACAUUGAAUACAUUAUGUGCAUUUAUAUCAAUGUUUAUCGUGUUAUUUAUACAUGUUAAUCUAUCGACGAUAUGUCAUGAUUUUAAUAUGAGUUUAUUUCGAUGGAAAUUCGAUUCAUUGGAAUGUCGUCUUUGUGGUUUUAUAUUCUUUUCUGUUAUUUGUAGUGUCUUUUGGAGUUAUUCUUUACAAGUAUUUUUUCGUUUUAUACGUGUCGUUUAUCCGAUGAAUUCAUGGAUUAAUCAUAUUAAAAUUUAUCUUUUUCUAUUUAUUCCAAUUCAAUGGUUAAUCGCAUUUGCUAUUGUUAUACCUCUAUUGACUCGUCUAAAUGGUAUUCAUCUUUUACUUCCAAAUGAAAUGUAUUGUGGUGUACAAUUUGAAAAAUUUUCAGCAGUUGUAUACGCUUCUGUUGCAGAAGUUUGGAUACCGAUUAUAAUUAUUUCUGCAUGUUAUGUUAAAAUUGUUCGAACAAUACGACAGCGUUCAUCUAAGCAAUUACCCUUUUUACGUAAUAGACGAGAUGUGAAAGUAAUUCAUCGUAUUAUAAUAAUGAUUUUUAUACUUAGUGUAAUGAAUAUACCAACUAUUAUCUAUCUAAUUAUCUUUUGGAUAUCUCAAAACAAAUUGGAUCCGAUUAUCUAUCGUGUAACGUGGCUUUCUCUUUCUAUUGGAUCUUUAAUAUUAUGUAUUAUGCUUCCGAAAUUAGUAAUGCAUGUUCAUAUAUUCAAAGGAUGUCACAAUCCUAAUACAUAG